UGUCAUCCAGCGCUCGUCUCUUGUUUUGCGCCGCGGCUGCUCCUGCGCAGGACCUCUUGAGAAGCUGCGCGGCUCUGCAGACUUUUAAACCCGUGGAUGCGUGACCUGGAUCUGAAUCUGGACACGUUUUCCGCAGAAUGUGCUCAGACUUGGUACCGGGAAUAGAAAGUGCUGCUGCUGCUUGCAAAGUCUGUGUGUGAUGCAUAUAUUUGAAUGGGAAGGCUACGAUAAAAACACAUAUAUCCUACUAAAUACAAACCGAAGGCGGUGUUUCUGAAUGAAAAGAGGAUUCCGCUAGACCAGUCUCAAACUAAACCAGUGAAGAUGGACAUCAGUGUCUCCGUGUCGUUGUUUCAAGACGAGCUCGCCUCCACCGUCGAGCUCGCAGUGAAAGCGGCUGCAGACAGCGUCGUGUGCGCGAUUACUGAAGCUGUGAGCAGCAAAUUCACUGAAUUACAAGAGGACAUGUCUGCAGUGAAGAGAGAGAAUGAAAGUCUGAAGCUGAGAUUGGAAAUAUCAGAGAGCGAGCUGAAAGCCGUGCGAGGGUGUAUAAACGCUGCACAUGCAGACAUUAAACAGCCUUUCAUAUUUCAAGAUCCCAUAGAGAGCCACGCUAUCCCUGAAUCUGAAGCACAGGAAGGACCAAAGAUAGAAGCAGUUUACACACAAGAGGAGUCCUUUGAACAGGAGUGGUGUGCAAGUCUAAUACAGGUUACAGAGCUGCCAUGUGUUAAAGAUGAAGACGUCCCUGAACAGGAAUGUGUUCCUAUUAAAGAGGAAUUCAUAGAACAGGAAUGUGUCUCCAUCGCAGAGGAACUUCCUACUGAAAAUAAUGUCUGUACACUUGAGGAGAACAACAAGAUGGGAUCCAACCUGUGUGAUGAUUCUCUAUCUGAAUGUGAACUGGGAUUUGGAGCUUCUAAAGUAGAUGAAGGAGAACACGACUCCACUCCAUCACCCCAGUGCAAAAACUCUUCUAGAGGCAAACCACAGUGCAAGAAACACAGAGAAACGACACCCCAAGAAGAGUAUGUGAAGACAUUGAGAACUCACUCAGUUACAAUCCCUUCUUUACAAGACAGACACCCACUUACUGUGGAGAGUACAGAGACGCCAGAUUCUGCAUGUUUUAACAAUUCAGAAAAGCAGGGGAACUUGAAGACCUUGCCUCAUUCUAUUAAAGGUGGGAAGAGUUCCUGUCAAUUAGACGUUCCUGAAACUCACAAGAGCAAUCCCACAGGAGGGACUACGUGUUCCUGGGCUGAUUGUGGGAAGAGUUUCAAUCAUAUAUCGCUGCUUAAAAGACACCAGCGCAUUCACACAGGAGAGAAACCUUCCCACAUACAGACCAGUGAGAAGAGUUUCACACACUUAGGAAAUCUUCAUUCACACCAGCGCAUUCACACAGGAGAGAAACCUCAUCACUGCACUGAGUGUGGGAAGAGAUUCAGCCAGUUAGGAGACCUUAAAAGACACCAUAAAAUUCACACAGGAGAGAAACCUUAUCACUGUGCUGUUUGUGGGAAGAGAUUCAGCCAGUCUGGAGUCCUUAAAAGACACCAUCAAAUUCACACAGGAGAGAAACCUUAUCACUGUGAUGUUUGUGGGAAGAGAUUCAGCCAGUCUGGAGACCUUAAAAGACACCAUCAAAUUCACACGAGAGAAACCUCAAAACUAUGAUGUUUGUGGGAAGAGAUUCAGCCUGUUUGGAAACCUUAAAAGACACCAUAAAAUUCACACAGGUGUGUAAUCCUAUCCCUGUACUUAAUUGCUGGCUCUUACAGGAAUCGAACAUUCUCAGAAUUGCAGAUGCUUGGGGACAUUUAAACAACAGGAGGACAUUUGACUAAAUACAGAAAUAUUUACUGAAAACAAAACAAUAAACUUGCUAGAUAAACAGGGUCCCCCCUAAUCACAAUCUGUUCAGAUCAAAAGCUCACAGACCACAAAUAUGAAUGAGUACGUCUUGUAUUCAUCGUCUUGUUGAGCAUUCGGAUUGUGUUACCUCACAUUAGUAAUAUAUUAAAUAGAUUGUUAUUAUGAAUGCACGUUUCUCUUUCCUUUCUCAUGCGUUGCUCAGCCUCUUGCAGUGGGUUCUGUGGAAGCUUCCUCGAUACCACGGUGAAUCUGCAGUACCUCAAGACACAGAACAGUGUACUGCAGUUAUCAUGCGGGCAGCUUGAAGUGUAAAGCAGUACUGUUUCCAGCAGGGGGCACCAGAGAGCUUUUAGGAACGUAAUGGGCUGCAUACCAUUGCUUCUUAACGAGAUGAUUUCUGCUCAGGAUGUGUUUAAUACUGCCCUCUCUCUCGGGUACUCUAUUAACAAACGCAGGUUCUGUGUUUUUAUAUCAAUUUGUUGAUUGACAACGAGACUACUAAACCAAAUAAAAUCUAUAUUAAAAAUGCUUUGCUGCCUGUAUUAAAUGUUGUUUUAAAUGAUGUUCAGUGUCUUGUCAAUCAAGGAUUUCAUUUUAAACAUCCAGUAAUAAAUACCGUAGAUGUC